GCGUUCGUCGAGUUCGUCGUCGAGUUCGUCGGCAGUCGUGCUCGCGAGAUUCGGUCGAUUCGUUCGCGUCGACGCGACGGGGCCUCGCCAGUUGCUCCACGAAAGGGAAUUCGCGUCGUUUAUCGCGUCGUCCCCUAUUGCGUUCCGCCGUUGACACUCUCUCGGCCGGCCGGCACCUCGGCCAAAAACGUAGCUCCGUACACGUUCUAUUCUAUCGAAAUAAUUGUAAUUGGCCCAUUACGUCGAUCCGACCGUGCAGGGUCGGAUGGGCGUUUUGUUCGUUGUUCGCCGUCGUCGGGUCACCGGGUUGUUGGGUUAAAGGUGCAACGGAUCUCGUGUACACGCUCGAUAUUCGAUCGGUGACGCGAGCCAGAGGCCGAGGUCGCGUGCGAGGGUGAGGUCGAGGACGAGGGUGAGACACCGGACGAGCGGAUCCAUGCACGUAGCCGAUUGGGUAUCACGGAGCUCCGUCGAGAUAGCAUGAACGAUGAUUGCCGGCUGGUAUCUCGUAAACACCGCGAUAUCAGAAUCGAGAUGGUGCACGAAGAAAGGUGAAUCAUUCAGGGAGCUGGACGACGAGACGAUGCGUGUCCCGAAACCUCGGUCCCGGCUCAUCGAGUACGUGUGUCGGCGGCACGGCCUGAUGAUGCUGUUGCUGCUGUCGAUCGGUGUCCUGACGAGCAUCAUCUACGUCGCCUCCUCCGCCGAGGACUAUGCGUUCGAGCAACGGCACCCGAAUUAUUACAAAUGGUACAACGCCGGGGAAGAAACGAUGGACGGCUUUCUGGUGUGGAACCCGCGUUGCCAGAUGCCGGCGAAGGAGCCGAUCGACCCCGUGAUCCGGCCGUAUUUCAAGAAGGAGAAAUUCGAGAACUGCUCGGCCGAGGUACCGUUCACAGGAGUUUUCCGCGACGAAAACGGCACCGUGAUUCUCUUCGUGGACUCCGCGACGCUCCGGCCCGGCACGCAGUGUUGCUGGUCGGCCGUGUUGAGGGCAACCAACCCCAAGACGGCCGCCAACGACACGCACUCGCGACCGCCGAGGCGGGCACCGCCGCACCACCGUACGACCACCAAGCCGAAGAGCCGCAAGGAGAACGUCGACUCGUCGAUCGUGGUGAAACAAUGCGAGAACAUCGACGAACGCACCGCGCUGCCCGAGGGCAUCGAGGCCGCGAUGGUCGCCUGCACCCAGAAGUCCUCCGGCAAGACGAUCUACCGGAACGUGCACGCUGUGAUCGGCCUGGACAAGGUGCGCGACCGUUUCCAACGCAACGAGACCACGACCGCGGCCGCCGGAUCGCUGUCGAGGAAGCUGAGCAUCCUGAUGAUGGGCAUCGACAGCGUCAGCCGCCUCAACUUCCUGCGCAGCGCGCCCAACACCGAGAAGUACCUGCGCGAGACCGGCUGGGUUCGCUUGGACGGCUACAACAAGAUGGCCGACAACACCUUCCCGAACCUGAUGGCGAUCCUGACCGGCCAGAGUCUCGCAGACGCCUACGCGAAAUGCAAGCCUACCGUUCCUUACGGCCUCGACCGGUGUCCCUUUCUCUGGCGGAACUUCCGCCAGGCGGGCUACGCCACGGCCUACGGCGAGGACGAGACCGCCCUGAAUACCUUCAACUACCUGAAGGUCGGGUUCAUGGACCCGCCGACCGAUUACUACCUUCGACCCUACAUACUCGCCUGCGAGAAGCUGCUCAAAUCGAGAAAGAGGUUCGGCCUAAAGUACUGCACCGGGCCCGAGAUCAGCUUCGACAGGAUCCUCGACUACGCGGUCGAUUUCGCGCGAACAUUCCUCGGCCUGCCUUACUUCGGCUUUUUCUGGACGACCAGCGUCAGCCACGACAACUCGAACGGAAUCUCGUCGAUGGACGGCCGGCUGCUCGGCAAGUUCAAGCUUCUGGAACGCGAGGGCGUGUUGAACGACAGCAUGGUCGUGUUCCUGAGCGACCACGGGAUGCGGUGGGGCCCGAUCAGGAACACGUACGUCGGCUGGUACGAGGAGAGGCUGCCGUUCCUCUACAUCUGGCUGCCCGAGUGGCUCCGCCUGGAACGGCCGGACGCGUACUCGUCGCUGCGCGGGAAUCAGCAUCGGCUCCUUUCACCGUUUGACCUCUACCAGACCCUCAGAGAGGUCUUGAGCUGGUCCGGCGGCCAAGCGAAUCCGCCGCCGGGUUGCGCCGACUGUCGGAGCAUGCUCGGCCCAGUCCCGUACGAGAGAGGCUGUUCAGACGUCGGAAUAUCCUCGCACUGGUGCGCUUGCACCACCUUCGAUCGCGCGAACUCUCGCGACCCGAUCGUCGAGCAGGGCGCCGCCGUGUUUGUCGAUCACGCGAACAAGCGCAUCUCGGCCUACAAGGACAAGAAAGGCAGGCAACUCUGCGCCAAGCUCCGACUGAAGAGGAUCAUGCGGGUGAACAAAGCGGUCGAGAUGAACGACUCGAACGUUCUCGUCUACUUCUAUCUGCUCCAGCUGUUGCCCGGCGACGGCAAGUUCGAGGUGACCGUGCGUUACCACGAGAACGCUACCUACACCGUGACCGAUCACGAAGUCAGCAGGCUCGACUCGUACGCCUCCUCGGCGAAGUGUUUGGACCGCGGGUACAAAUUGUACUGUCACUGUCUCAGAUAGGAGACCCGGAGAAAGAGAGAGAGAAGCUCCCCGAACCUUCGAUUUGCCAACGAGUACCAAAGUGCCAAAUUCGAUUGGCGCGUGUGCGUGCUCGCGCGAGCGCGCGUUCUCGUGUCCGUGUCUCGAGACCCCGUCCACCGUCGAAAAGAAUCGUCGAGCAUAUCUGAAGAUCUUCAUAUCUUCGUUUAACCCUAAGAGCCUAGAUAUACAUAUAACGUAUUUACAAUUGCAAGCGAGCGAGCGAGCGAGCGAGCGAGCGAGCAAGCGCGCGCGCGCGCGCGUGCACCGCGACGCCCGCGAUACCGGCAGAGAGAAUAUAUUUUACUACGUCUUUAGUCGUUCUCUAUUAGCAACGAUGGCGCGCAACGACAAAAUGAUAAAAAAAACUCCAACAGAGUAUAAUAUAGAAUCGUUUAUAGGGACCGCGUCGUUUGCGUUUCAAAGCGACGCGUGUACAAGCAAUAAAACAUUUUUUGCAAGCAAAA